CCUGCGCAUGCGCUGUGGCGUUCUCGCCCGCCGGCCGCCAUUUCCUCUCCUCAGCCGAGGAUGGAGCCCGGAGGAGGCCGCCGCGAGAAGAUGCUCCAGCCGCUGCCUCCGCCUCCUCUCCCGCCGCUCCCGAAGGCCAAGGAGGGCAGCGCCAGCCGCCUCGAGAAGGCCAAGCAGCGGGCGGCCCAGCAGGAGCUGAAACAGCGGCAAAGGGCCGAGAUCUAUGCUCUGAACCGAGUGAUGACGGAGCUGGAACAGCAACAGUUUGACGCCUUCUGCAAGCAGAUGCAAGCUUCCGAUGAUUGAGGAAGGGUCCGCAGAAGACGACCAGUAAGCUAUCCUUUGCCCACCCAAAUCCCAGAGACCGAACGGGAUACGCACACACCUCAUGCUGGCAACACCAACACAACCAAUGCCUUUUGCUGUGUCUGAGCCCUUGUUUGAGUGAGAAUCUCUCCUUUCCGAGUGUGUUUUCUUUUUAAAAAACACCCCUAUUUAUUAUCACUUUGGUUUGAAAAAUAAAGCUGUUUUGUAAGUUU